CCACUCUCUCCCGGCCAGCCUAGCCUGUUUACUCUCUCUGGGGGUUAACAUUUAACAUUUAUACCGGAGCACCACAGCUGACUACAUCAUCAGAGAUUGUGGACAGCAACCUUCCCAAGUUACUUGGCACUUUGGCUGGCAAACCUUUGAAGUGAAUUGUAAGAUGGGACCUCGGACAGCUGGUAAGGGCAACUUUUAUUGCGCGAGUCACUCCAUCUAAGGAAAGAAAGAUGGUGUCCAGGGGGCAAGAUAACAGUUUUAGUAGUGGCAACAGCGGGUAUUGUAACAGAGGUUCCAUGCUUACCCCUACCUCACCUGUGCUGUCAAACCCCAAAUCAGUGCUAAAGAGACAUGUAAGUCCAGAGGAGCUUCGGAGACCAAGAGGUUCAUACAUAAAGAGGACGUUUACAAUUGUGGGUGAUGCGGUGGGCUGGGGCUUCGUGGUCAGGGGGAGUAGACCAUGUCAUAUCCAGGCAGUGGACCCCAGUGGCCCUGCAGCAGCAGUAGGAGUGAAAGUGCGCCAGUUUGUGGUCUCUGUCAAUGGUCUGGACGUCCUGUCUCUGGACUACAAGACGGUCAGCAACCUCAUCCUCACUGGAUCGCGGACCGUGGUCAUGGAGGUUAUGGAGGAGUCUGAUUGCUGAGGAUGAGGUUGUAUUGUAUUCGGUUACAGUCAACUUAAGGCCUCAGUCACCCAUUGGCUCUUGGUGGUCGAAAGCUUAAGAGUAAGAAUGUGGACUGUAUUGGCCAAAAUAAAUCCAUAGAUACCUUAUGACCUUGAUAUGGAGCCAAAUGGACUUAGCUACAUGAUGGACUUGAGACGCGGGGUCACAGCAACAGAAACAUGACGAGCCCCACUGUGAAACCGUGUGUGCUUACAUCAUCAGUCUGAGACUCUGGCCAGUGUUCUGUGGUUAACAUGGAUACUGCUUGUGUUUUUUUUGCUCUCCCACAGUAGUUUAGACUUUUGACCUGUGCGUCUGCUGUUUGCUUUUCCACCCACUCCCUCGUUUGCUCCAAUGGAUGGUUCCUUCCUAGAAAGACAAGUACUUAGGGUGUUGUUGAUUAAGUGAGGUGGCACAUAUUGUCAACAACACCGCACUUUGUGACGUGGCAGAGGUGUUUUUGAGAGCAGUAGAAUUUCGAUGAUUUAGCUUUGCAUUUUGCUUGGAAUAUGUUUGGCAUUGAAUGCUAAAGUUUGGUAGCUGGAGUAACUUAAACCUUGUAUUCCUAUUGGACUGAACAUAGCACAAUACUGUCAAACUGCAGAUCACAUACUUUCUGGCAGCAUAAAAAGACUUGGAUGUCAUCUUGGUUUCUGAUUCCACUGCAAUAUUUUUUGGAAACCCACAAUACUGUUAAAAGUUCAAAUAAUCAAACAGUAGUAGCCAAUCAACAUGUUAAUCCUUUUUAUUUUAAUUUGAUUUUGAAACAACAAAUCCUUGUGUUAUGUUAAUGCACAUAGGUUAUAGCAGUGAUAUUGUGCAUUUUGUCAAAUAUGUCAAGGGUAAUGCAUGAUCACAUAGUCUAACACAAGGUAUAAAGGACCCAAAGCACAAAAGGAGUUGUACUUUCAUAUAGCCAUAUAGCCCGACCCUAUACAUUUGUUAUGGUCAACUGAUCUUUAAAGGGUAUUAGUGCAGACCAGGCCAGCAAAGAGUGUCUGAAUUUGUGUUAGUGUCUGAUCAGUGUAAAAAUAUUUCAAUUAGCCAAUGAAUUAAUAAAAAUAAAGUAAUUUAAUGGAAAAUGUUAGCAAA